GCCUCGGUUCGGACGCUUGAGUUCUGCGUUUGCCGGUUUCACACCAAAAGUCCAAUUUGCGGUGGUCCUCUUGGGUUUGUGUUUUGUGUUGUGUUGACGAGUGACUAACCAGUUCGGUUUGCGCCCAGCGACUACGUAAUGUCGGAAAAAGAUUUGCAAUAUAAAUAUAAAGUGAGUGAUUAGCAGAAUAUUUGUUGUUGAUACAGGUUAUUUAUUAGUCUCGUGUUUUGAAUAAAUGUUGAUUUGAAUUAUAUCGUAAGUGGUUGCAUGUGCCAGACAUAUGAGUAUUUAUUUAGGCUGUGAGUUACAAACAGCUAAGAGCACGAGAUUGCUUGGCGAUCGAGUGAAAAGUCAGAAGUUUUAACAGUAUCUAAAUGGUAGACAAUCUUGAAAGUUCAUCAACCAACUCGAAGAGCAUUUAUGAUUUGUUUGGAGUGAGUAAGCGUUAGCGCUUAGUCAACCCAGAUUAUUAAUCCUGCUGUGAAAACUACGCGCCCGAAAAAGGAUAGCCAGUAUAUGUUUGAACAUAAACAAUGCGAACAUCUGUAAAUUUAUGACAUAAAAGUUUCCAUUCGAUUAGGUGUAUUCGAAGAUACGUUCCAGUGCGCUAAAUAUAUGCUAUAGAAUGGUCAAAUUCAGCUGUCUAAUCAUUCUUCUCACGAUCGGUAUGAAUGUUUCGUACAGUUGGAGGUUUGACAGACGCAGUUCCCAGACUGUAUGGAGACAAGCUGCCGACAAAAGUGAUAUCACCUCGAACGCGUAAAGUUCAACGGCGUAUCGUCGUGCUGCAUGAUUUCUUCCGUACCAAAGUGGUGCCGCCGGCGUCCAAUAUGCUGAGCAUGAAGUGGCACCAUGGAGCGGCUAGAUCGGCUCAGAAGUGGGCGGACCAGUGUCGUUUGCUAACUCACGACAGUCCGAAAGGUCGUUGGAUCGACAACUAUGGGGCUUGCGGUCAGAACAUAUUCGUGUCUACACAUAAAGUUCCCUGGUUGUUUGCAUUGCGAACGUGGUUUCUCGAGAGACAGAACUUCACAUAUGGGUCGCAUAAGAAUGAUCUAGUGGCGGUUGGACACUAUACGCAGAUGGUGUGGGCGGCGACACAUAAAGUUGGUUGCGGUUUGGCGAAAUGUGCUCGCGGAGGCCCCCGAGGGAAGCCGUACUUCAACUACGUGUGCAAUUACUGUCCUAUCGGAAACCACGAAGACAAAUUGGGCAUGCCAUAUAAGCGAGGUAAACCAUGCGGUUCUUGUCAUCAGCAUUGCCACUCGAAAAAAAUCAAAUUAUGUACCAAUACCUGUAGUUCGGCGGAUCUGUGGGCAAACUGCGGAGAGCUGUAUAAGACCUGGCCGGGCUGGUUGUGCAAUACGGUUACGCCGGAGGGUUUGGAGCGACAGCGAAGCUGCAUGGCCACCUGUACCUGCCAGGGAAAGAUACGUGAUUGACGGAAGGAAGCCAUGCAUUUUCAUCAUAAGAAGUGUCAUUUUCAACUCGUUGUGCCAUAUGUAUAAAGUUCAGUCAUUCAGCUGUUUUGAAGAAUAAUUGUUUAGAGUUGCUUUUAAGUUAACCGCUGAAAAUUGUUAGUUGAUAUACAAAGUAUGUACAUUUUUUUGUACGAAAA